CAGCAAAUAAUUCCGAAGCAGCAACACAUCAGCCUACCGGCAGUCGCUCUCAGCCCCGCAAUGAUCGCGACUCUGACAAGGACAUUCUCUGCCACCACUACCCGACGGCUCCUCUAUAAGGCACCUUACCUCGCAUCCUUCUCUCUCAACCACUUCGCCACCAUGCCAGCCAUCUCCCCUAUGGUCACCUUCAAUAAUGGGCAGCAGUACCCCAUCCUCGGCCUUGGCACUUGGAAGGGACGAGGGGGGGCUCCGAGGGACAUGUCAGUUGAGCCUGAAAAAGAAAUGCUUUCAGAGUCAUGUCUUAUUCCAUCCAAACCCGGUGAGGUGUGCCAGGCGGUGAAGGACGCCAUCUCUUGUGGAUAUCGUCAUAUUGAUGGUGCUCUUAUUUAUGGCAAUGAGAGUGAGGUGGGUGCUGCCAUCAAAGCAAAGAUUGAGGAUGGGACUGUCACCAGGGAAGACCUAUUCAUCACCAGUAAGUGCUGGAACACCUACCACAGCCAGCACCUGGUGUUGCCCACCCUCAAGGAGUCCCUGACCAACCUAGGGCUGGAUUACUUGGAUCUCUACUUGAUUCAUUGGCCCAUGGGUUAUCAGGAAGGUGGAGCGAAGUUCCCUGCUGAUUCAAAUGGAAAAACUCUAUUCAGUGAUGUUGACUACCUGGAAACAUGGAAGGGAUUGGAGGAAGCUCAGAAAAGUGGUCUUACAAAAUCUAUUGGUGUGUCCAACUUCAACAAGAAGCAGAUUGAGCGUGUGUUGGCAGAAGGCACCAUAAAGCCAGUCACCAAUCAGAUUGAGUGUCAUCCAUACUUGAAUCAGAGGAAAAUGAUUGAUUUCUGUCGCUCUAAGGGCAUCUAUGUCACUGCCUACAGCCCUCUUGGAUCACCUGACAGACCUUGGGCUAAGCCUGAUGAUCCACAGCUGAUGGACGACCCAAAGAUUGUGGCCAUUGCCGAGAAGUACAAAAAGACUUCUGCUCAAAUUCUCAUUCGUUACCAGAUUCAGCGAGAUGUAAUUGUCAUCCCAAAGUCAGUCACGAAGUCAAGGAUCGAGUCUAACUUCCAGGUGUUUGACUUUGAACUCUCUCCUGAAGACAUGAAGACUAUUGACACCUUUGAUUGUAAUGGACGUGUUCUUCACUUGAGCUGGGUGAAUGACCACAAGCACUACCCCUUCCAUGAUGAGUUUUAGAGCAAUGAGCAACACAGCAGAAGAGCAAAAAGUGCCUUCAGCUAUACUCACAGGAAAAAAGCUUUAUUUCCUAUCCCAGUAACUUUGCUUUUAUAGGUAUGUGAUGAAAAGGCAUAAAUUUAUUUCCGAGGGUAUUGUUUUGUUUAGCAGAUUUUAUAGAUGUGACUGAUGUAUUCUAAAAUGUAUAUCCAUUACAUUUUUAUUUGGCUUUGUUAUCUUUAUUUAAGGCAUUGUUCAAGAAAAGUUAGCAAGAAACCAGCAUUGCUAUAUGAGUUAAGAUGAGGAUGCACUCAGAAUUCAAGUUCCUUAAUUAGAUGUCUCCUUUAAAGACAUGGAAAACUUUUAUUGACUGAUUUGUCAAAUGAUCAUAAUCAGUUUGGCUUUAGUUUGGCUUUUAUGUUAUAUAUUGAAAAGGCAGAGGAGAGCUGUGGAUAUAAAGCUAAUUAUGUCAAAAUAUAUUAUUUCUUGUAUC